AUGUCAUACAGAGAAUUGAGAAAUUUUAUAGAAAUACUGCGAGCAUUGGGUUAUCCGAGACUCGUAUCGAUGGAAAACUUCCGAAAUCCUAACUUUCCAUUAAUGGCUGAAAUAUUACAGUGGCUUAUGAUUAGAUUUGAUCCAUCGAUAGAAAUCUUUGGUGACAUCGACACAGAGCAGGAUCGGGUCAUCUUUAUUAGAUCAUGUGCUCAAACUAUGGCAACGAAAGCUCAGAUAAAUUUUAAUACCAAAAAGCUUUAUAUGGCUGACGGACACGCAGUACAAGAACUCAUUAAAAUUGCCAAACUUUUAUAUGACGCCUCUAAACAAUCAGAUCCAAUAAAUCAAGACCAAGACAAUGACAACGACAACGAUUUGUCCGAAUCAACCAUUGUAUCAAAAUUAAAUGAGUUGAAAGUUUCGCGACAAUUGACAUCAGAAAUUACCCAAAGAGGUGCUAAUGUUUAUGAUUUAUUAGCGCAGGAAAUCCAAGUCAGGGAACAAAGAGUUUCAAUAAUGAGCCGACAGUUAGAGAUACCAGAAAUCGAGAAAAGUAUUUCUGAAUCAAUAAAAGAGUUGCAAAAUGAGAUACAAAAUAUCAACUAUAAGAUUGAUAACGUGGCCGCAGAUGAAGCAAAUUUGGACGCAAAGAUUGAAAGGAAAAAACAAGAAUUAGAUAGAAAUCAAAAACGAUUGCAAACUCUUCGUUCAGUUCGACCUGCUUUUAUGGAUGAAUAUGAAAAAUUAGAGGAAGAAUUGGCCACUAUUUAUGAACUUUAUAUAACUAAAUACAGAUGUUUAUCAUUUUUAGAGCAACAAUUAGAAGAGAUUGAAGAAAGUGAACUCCAAAAGAUUCAUCAAAGAGAAGAACAAAUUAAACAAAUGGUGGAACAAAUGAAAGACGAAGAACUGUUGAGAAAUGAAAAUGAAAAUAUUGAUGACUUGAUUAAUGAUCAUCAAGAAGAUGAAGACAGCGAUGAAAUUGCAGAUAAUUUAGGUCCAGAAAAGGAAAAGUCGAGACGACCCAUGAAUACGGUCACUCUUAACAAGAGAAGUGCUACAACUGGAAGAGUCAGAAUGUUUGGCUCACUUUUAGACGAAGAAAAAGAAAACAGUCUCGACUCAGAUCUUGAUUUAGAUGAAGAGGACGACGGAUCAGAUCUUGAUAGUGAAGAUGAAAUGGAAAUCAUGAAUCUUACAAAUAAUAAAACACUUAAAUCUGAUGUUAAAAAGUCAAACGAAGACAUUCACAAAAUGAUCACUAAUUCUAACGAUAGUGACAAUGAUUUUUAA